AUUGAUUCUUGACGUUCUUUAGUUUACAAAUAAAAGUUUAGAAAAUGGCCACUCUUUAUGGCAGUGGAAAAGGUUGUGUUCGGGUUAUGGCCGGACUACAACUUUUGAUCGGUGUUAUAAUGUUCGUGUUUGGCGUCGUUGUUGCUGUGCUCGUUUGUCAUUGGACCUCUAAGGCUGGCUUGGGCAUUUGGAUAGGAAUAAUAGUGAUUGUAACGGCUUCUGUUGGCUUGUACAGUUGCUCUGUGAAUGGCCAGCAAAUGAUAACUUGGUACUCGUGGCUGUCAAUAUUUGUUUCAAUUCUGACACUCAUACUUUGCCUCUGCUAUGGUAUGGCCAUGGCUGAUUUCUUUGAUGAGAUGACAAGCAAUAACUCCCCUGUUGACAGAUUCUACUCCCGUCAAUAUGUUGCCAUUUACAUGAGGACGCACUACUACAGACAUUGUACAUCAUCCGCAAUAAGAGAAGAGAUUGAAAAGGAACGCACUGGUAUUCGAAAUAUUGUAGAAGAUGAAAAGGAUGAGGAAAGAAAUCUUUUGAUAGAUAUGGAGAUUCAUGGGAGAAAAGCAAUUGGUUUUGCAGCCACUUUACUGUGUGUGGGUGCAAUUGCUUUCAUCUUUGCCACUUCUUCUGUGAUGUAUGCUUGUACUGCUGCAGGAUGGUUCAUCAAGGAUACUGGUGAUGCCCCUUCAAAGUCAAGUGUCACCAUACAUCAUUCACAAGCAAGUCAAGUUUUCCUACGCUAGUGAGAGCUACUAUUGUAUCUGUUUUUUUACUAUUUGAUGUAAUUAUUCAUGUUCGACCGCCAAACAUACUGUAUGAGACUACGAGCUAGCAUGUAUUUCAAAAGUGUCAUAAAGUUACAAACACUUGCAUGUCCAUUACCAUUGUUCUUCAAAUGCACGUAAUGAAAUAUGUAGGUCUGUGCCUACUUUACUUCAUGUAAUUCUUUUAUGUAUGGCUUAUCAGUUUCUUUUACCAAGUUUUUUUGGCUGUUAAUAAUUGUAUUGUAUGUGGUACUUGGUCUUAAAUUUUGUUAUGCAUGUUAUAAUUUAUCAUAGACAAAUGUAUUUGAGUAAUUUUUAAUACUACAACACUUUCAUUUUCUUUGUAUGCUGAAAAUCUCUAUGUUUGUGGUAUCCACUAUCUAAAUUUGUAGUAAAAAAUUAACCGCUGGUCAAA